CGCUGAUUAGACUCGCACACUAGUGCCAGGCAGUCGAGCAGGAUGUCCAGCUUACAGGGAUACAUAGAUCGUCGUGUCUUACUUGUGCUGCAGGAUGGUCGCGCUAUCGUGGGCGUCCUCGCAGGCUUCGAUCAGAAGUCUAACAUCGUGGUCUCGGAUUGCAGGGAACGAGUCUACAGCUUGGAUGAGGGCGUAGAUGAGAUACCACUUGGACUUUACCUCGUCAAGGGUGACAUGAUUGCACUCAUCGGAGAAAUAGACGAUGCAAUUGACCAGGCAGUCGACCCGUCCACUAUUCGCGCGGAACCAAUCACCCCCAUCAGAUAUUGAAGCCAUGCCGAAUUAAUUUUCACGAAUC